CUCCGGAGAGGAGCAUGUCUGCAACUCGAGCCAAGAAAGUGAAGAUGGCCACCAAAUCGUGCCCCGAAUGCGACCAACAGGUUCUUGUUGCAUGUAAAUCAUGUCCCUGUGGUUACAUAGUUAUUAGCAGGAAACUUUUAAAUGCAAAACACUCAGAAAAAUCAUCACCUUCUACAGAGAAACAGGAAAAGGAAAUUGACAUCUAUGCUAACCUCUCUGAUGAAAAGGCUUUCAUGUUUUCAGUCGCCUUGGCAGAAAUAAAUAGAAAAAUUAUCAAUCAAAGACUUAUUCUCUGAUAUUUGUCAGCACAAUGUGUUGAAACUUUCUUCAGGAUUACAUCAGCAAAUUCUCAGUUGUGGACUCUCAGGAGCAUUCUGAUUGCAUCAAUAAGGGCCAUUGAUUGUCCCCCCGCCCCAUCAUUUAGCCUUUGCCACACUUUGGGAGCAAAGUUGUAGGCUUGGACUGUUCUGAGAUUUCCUUGUUUACCAAGGAGUAUUGUCAGUGUUUUGUGUUUGAGAUAUAAGUAAGUAUAUUUACCAAAACAAAAACA